CAAGAAAUGGAAACUUCACCAAAUUUUAAAGACUUUGGAGAUCCAAUGGAGCCAAUAAAGAUGAACGAAAUAUCAGGUAUCUGGGCUUACUUGCAAGCCAUAGACUGGACUGACCCAUGGUUUUGUGGGCUUGGAAUCUUCCAUGUGACCUGUGCAAUAUUGACCAUCCUCACUCGAAACAAGGGUGUUCUUCAGGCUGUUUACUUCAGUGUAUUAAUGGUAUUAGUGCUUUGUGCCGAGUACAUAAAUCAAUGGGCAGCCCAAAAUUGGAAGCUGUUUUCAAAGCAACAGUAUUUUGACAGCAAAGGACUAUUCAUAUCGGUCGUGUUUUCGGUUCCACUGCUUGUGAAUUGUAUGGUUAUGGUGGUAUCCUGGCUUUGGGACGUUGGGCUCCUAAUAUCAAAUGUGAAAGACAUGAAAAUAAAACAGCUUAAAAGGGCGGCAACCAAGAGGAAAGAGAAGGAAGGCAACAGUGGCAAGAAAAAGGAUACAAAUGGCAAACAGGAAAAGGAAGGCGAUAGUGGUAAGAAAGCAGACAGAAAUGGUACUUGUGAUGAAAGUAAGAAGGACAAGUAACCAGGCUAUACUUUAUAUUUACUGUUCAGUCUAGUGCACCUAUCAAUUUUUUGCCCCUCUGGGGUUGGGGGCAGGCCCAGAGGAUAUAGACAAAGUGCUUUUUGGGGGUCUAAAACUCGCCCCUGGGACAGGGAACUAUGUUGAAAUCCCUGUGGUUAGAGCUGUUCCACGCGAAAAAAAAUCCAGUCAAGUCUAUUACCAGGUGGUGAUGUCACCAGGCUGGUCAAAAUCAUUUCUCCCUGGAAUCAACCGCUGUCUUCAGGCUCCUAUAUGCCUAUCGCCUUGCCCUGCCAUACCCCAUAAGGCAAAAGCUUGAUUGGUGCAUAAUCAAUGUGUCCAAAUAUUUUUUUAUUGUAUUAUAGUCAAGAGUUUCCAAAUAAUUUCUUAAUGUAUAAUAGUCAGAAUCGCCAAAUCAUUUCUUAAUGUAUUUCUUAAUGUAUUAGUGUCAGGGUGUCCAAAUCAUUUCUUAUUGUAUAUAGUCAGAGUGUAACUUCAUGGGUAUUGCAUAAUAAUUGUUUUAUUGUAUAAUAUUUAGUGUGGGUAGUGUCGAUAUAACUGGGUGAUAUAAAAACAUGUUUUAAAUGUUUGUACCUGUAUGUAGAUAUUCUUAAUUUCUAUUUUAUCUAGAUAAUGAGAUGAUAUACCUACAUUUGAAAACACAUCUCAUUCAUAAUUGUAAUAAUUGCAGAAGAAAUAAAAAAAAUAUAUCAAUUAUGAAAGUAAACAGUUACAAAUAACUUACUAAGUUUAAAAGUUAUAACCUGUUAUAAAUUAUUUUGCACCUUUCAACUUACUAUUAUCGGUACAUGUAUUUGUUUCUUGCGGUUUCCCCAAUUUCAAAAUAGCUACAUAUUGGGUGUUUGUUACUAUGCUACUUAAACUUAGAUUGCAGACUUACAUGUACAAGACUGAUACUGUGUUAGCUAACGAAUUUACUAUUUCUAAUCUGUCCAAAUUGACCAACCUGAAUGUUGAUUAUACAUUAAAAAAAAUUGAGAGUGUAAUCGGAUUACUCUGAUUUUUGUGUCGUCUGCAAAUCAUGGCAUGUUGUGUCUGCAAAUCAUGGCAUGUUGUUUGGACCACUUUGUCCGCCGACACAGACUUUUGAAUGACUUAAAGUGACUUAUGUGUAAAGUAUUAAAACAUACAUUAGUAUGUUCAUUUGUCAGUAGAAAAAAAGGUUAAGGACAACCCAUACAUAACUUUUCAGCAACUCGGCCAGUAUGUCAUGGUGACCUUUACUAGAAGAAUAACAGCGUUUCUGAUCCGACUUGGUAAAGAUUAUUCAAACUUGGUAUGGCAUUGGUCAUGGUCAAUAAAUGAACCCUAUUGCUCUUGGGGUCAAGGUCAAACUGACCUUAACGAUAACAGGCAAGGGACCUCCAGGCAGGUGACGCAUCUGAAUUACAGAAUUCUGGUAAUAUUUUAGGAUUUAUUGGUGCACGAAAUUUUACAAUGUUCAGUUUGUGUUGAUUCGUUGGAAUAAAAUGAGUGUAAAGUA